CAGAAGGAAGGUAUUGAAAUAAGUUGGUACUGCACGGCGCGGGUUAUAAAGCACCAUGUCAGGACUGAAAUGGAAGCUUGCGAUCCUUAUGAUAGUUUGCAUAUUUACAGGCAGUAUUGUAUUUUAUUUCCUGGGAGUUAGAAGCAAACCCUCCAUAGACCUAAGAGGUGGAAAUCGACGUAUUUCUUACGCAGGGGACUCUACCAUUAAGGCGUCUAAGCCGGGAUGCUUAAUCGGAGACUUGAAGAACUCCUUAGUUUAUUGGUCUGGUCGAAAUGUUGAUUCAGAAUUAAGUCCAACCACCGGAAAUAGGUCAUCUUCGAACUCCUAUCUACAGACGACAUGUACACCCAACAAACACAUCGUCUUCGUGAAAAUACCAAAAACUGGUUCGACCACCGUUGCCAGCGUGUUUCUUCGCUAUGGUUUUCGUAAUGAUUUGAAAGUUGUCCUCCCUGCUACCCAGAACAAACUCCUUAGACUGAAGCAAUCGGAAUAUGACAUUAUGAGGGAUGAAUAUGACAAAAAUCCGCACUACGAUAUAAUGACACACCACAGCGAAUACGAACGAAAGGCAGUGGAGAGACUGAUGCCUUCGGAUUCAGUCUAUGCUGUUAUGCUGAGAGAACCAGUACGUCGUUUCAAAUCUGCUUUUAGUUUCUUCGGUGUCAAUAAAAAGUUGCGUCUUCGAGGCAAAAAUCAGCUAAAAACAUAUCUCAAUACCCCUGCAUUAUAUAAAUCCAAACAUUCGGAGUUGCUAUUCAACGUCAUGAUUAAUUAUUUGGGAUAUUCUUCUUCGAAAACUUCAGUGCAAAACUUCAUCAACGAUAUAGAUCGGGAUUUUGAUUAUGUUUUAAUAAUGGAAUACACGGACGAGGGGUUGGUGAUGCUGAAACGCAGGUUUUGCUGGGAUAUUGGAGAUGUCAUAUACCUCAAAAUACACGAAAUCAAGCGCAAAGACUACCAAGAACUGAUUAAAGGAAACACAGACCCAGAAAUACCCGAAAAGUUGCGUAAAUUCAGUGAAGAAGAUUUCUUGCUGUAUGACUAUUUCAGAAGAAAAUUUGAAAACAUACUUCACAAGCAGAAUGCGGAUUUCUUUGAAGAAGUUCAGUUUUUGAAAGAAGUCAACAGAAAAAUUGCAGCCUUUUGUAGCUCCAAGUCUGACACAACCUUAGACGUUUUGCCAUGUCGUUGGACCCGUGGGUUUACAAUACACAAACCGUACUGUAAAUUGAUGAUGAUUGCAAACAGGCAAUUUUCGGUUUUAUUGAAGAGUAGUUAUUACAAAGGUAUCUUUAAUGACAUUAUACUUCCUAAAUUAUGAUUUAUAUGA